AUGGCUUUACUGGUAUCUCCGAGCUUUACAGAUGAGGUUCCACAGGAUAUUAUGCAGAUAUCCAUGAACGCAAAACUGGGAAAAGACCGUUCGUAUGAUGCCUCGUCGUCAAAGGGAAAUGGACCUAAACACCACCGUUGGGAAAGACAGACGCUGAGAUCCUGGAGAACGGCGACCAUGGGAUCGAAGACGCCUGAAUUAAGGAAAGGCGACCUUGGAAUGGAAGACGGCAAGAUGUCAGAGAUAUGGAAAUGCCGCACCCAGCAUGCUCCUCAAGUUCGCUUUACCCACGAUUCUUCCAUCUUCCAAACCUCCGCAUUCUGGUGGUCGGCACUGAUUACAAGAGCUAAACGACCUGGAUACAACAGAACGCCGGCACAGAGGUGGGGCAGUGGUGGUGUUGGUUGGAUGGAGACGGGUGCAGUAGCAGUCGAAGUGUUGUCUCCUGCAUAG